AUGUCACCAAUCUGCUCACUACCGCUCCUGGGAAUCUUGGCAUCAAGCCAGGGCGCAGGGCUUGCGGAUCAAUGGGCUCAGGGUCGCGAAUUCUUCAAUUGCUGUGGCCCAACGGAAGUCACAAUUGUCAAUACAAUACAUAAACAUCAAGCAGGGCAAUCGCUAUCAAUUGGUCGGCCUGUUCCAAACACGACUGUCUAUAUCCUGGAUGAAAAUGAGGAACCUGCACCUAUAGGAGCCAGCGGCGUUAUGUGGGUUGGGGGCUCCUGCGUCUCGAAGGGCUAUGUCAAUCUUCCAGAACUGACGAAUGCUCGCUACAAAGCGGAUAAAUUUUUGAAUAAUGGGCGCAAGAUGUUCAACACCAAUGACUUAUGCAGAUGGAGAGAAGAUGGCACGGUUGAGUCAUUAGGCCGAGUUGACGAUCAAGUCAAGAUCAAGGGUUUCCGUGUGGAGCUGGAUGGUGUGUCAGCUGUGAUUGAGUCACAUCCUGAUGUCACGAAAGCAUGUGCUCUACUUGCCGACGGCAACCUGUGCGCAUAUUAUGCCGGUCCCACCCCAAUUAGCAAUGAUGAGCUCGAAGCAAUUUCCGCAAAGACUCUACCGUACUACGCUGUCCCUACGAAGUGGAUUUGGGUACCAGAGAUUCAGCUUACCCCAAACGGGAAAAUCGACAAGAAGAUGCUUCAAGCUUCAAUAACGGCAUGCUCUGGUGACAUCACUCCUCUGACGCUUUCUACACCCUCAUCCAUCUUGGGUUCCCAGGCAUCUAAGGAAGGUAUCACUGAGAAAGGUUUGGCGAGAGUAUCGAAGGUGCUUACCACUCAUUCAUCGCCUGACAGCCAAGAGACUUUGACCGAGAAAGAUUUCACCUUACCGCCAGAGAAAGGGGCACAUAGCCUUAUGUGGCUGCGUUACUACUUUUUCACCAUGUACCGCCGUCUCUUCGGCAUUGUCUUUAUUGGCAACCUGGCGGCCAUUCUCACCAUCUUUGCUUACCGUCGAACUCUGGACAACUUGCGAAUUUCCGACUUGGCUACUGCCACCGCUUCAAAUGUCACCGCUGCUUUGCUUAUGCGACAGGAAUAUGUCAUCAACCUCCUCUUCACCAUCGCUUGUUCUGUGCCGACCUGGAUGCCACUCUUCAUCCGACGAAAUUGUGCGAAAGUCUUCCAUAUCGGAGGUAUCCAUUCAAGUGCCGGCGUGGCAGCUGUCUUCUGGUUUGUAAUACUCACAGUUGCCGCUACAAUAGGUCUCGCAGCGCCAAAAAAGACCUCACUAGGCAAAACCAAUCCCGCAAUCGUUGUUAUCGUAUACCUAAUUCUCGCGCUUUUCGUCUCUAUUCUCGUCAGCGCACACCCGUCCUUCCGAGCAAAGCGUCAUAACGUUUUUGAAAAGACACAUCGUUUCGCAGGCUGGACCAUCCUCGCUCUUUUCUGGAUCCUCACCGUCCUCAGCGCUGACGCUUCUCGCGGAUCAGCAUCCCUUUCUAAGACCCUCACCACCGACCCGACCCUCUAUCUCCUCAUCGUCUCCACCAUCAGCGUCAUCCUCCCCUGGCUCCGUCUCCGCAAAGUCCCUGUCCGUUCCGAAGUCCUUUCUUCGCACGCCAUCCGUCUACAUUUCACCUACACCAACACCUACCCAGGCACCGCAGUCCGCAUCUCUGAGCGCCCCUUAAUCGAAUGGCACGCUUUUGCAACGGUCGCCAAACCGGGGGUCGACGGUUUCAGUCUCGUCGUGAGCAACGCGGGAGACUGGACUAAACGUCAGAUUGGCCGUGCUCCGGAAAAGCUCUGGGUCCGUGGUAUUCCCGCUUGCGGCGUCUUGAGGAUCGCGCCGCUGUUUAGGCGCAUCGUCCUUGUCGCUACUGGUAGCGGUAUUGGCCCUUGUCUGCCUGUUCUGUUGGCAAAGAAAGUCCCCAUGCGCGUGUUCUGGUCAACGCCAAAUCCGGAGCAGACCUUUGGCAAGGAAAUCAUAGAGGCUGUCAGGGGCGCGGAUCCGGAUGCUGUCAUUUGGAAUACGAGGACGCAGGGCAAACCAGAGAUGGUUGAGGAGGUGUGGAAGCUGGUGGUAGAAUCUGGAGUGGGCAGCAAUGGGAGGUUUAAUGCGGAGGCGGUGUGCAUUAUUGCGAAUCAAAAGGUCACGAAGAAAGUGGUCAGGGGUAUGGACGUGAGAGGGAUGGCCGCUUAUGGCGCGAUCUUUGAUUCUUGA